GGAGGAUAGUGAUGAUCAGACAGCGGGGAAAUGAGUAGAGAUUUUUAAAAACUCUUCUUUGCUAGGUUCCCUAACUGUCAGGACUCUUAACUUUGGCAUCAGAAUAGUGUCUGUUUCUCUUGUUGGCAUUCAAUACAAGUUUAAUCCUGAGGAAAUAGCUUUUAAAAAAUCAGCUACAUUUAGUGUAUUCUUGCAAAGAAAAUCCCCAAGGGAUUAGGUGUUGUGACAGGAUUUUAAAAAAUUGAAAGGAAUGAAACAACUGCGCUAUUUAUAAGAUACUGGGAUAUUGUGUUUUUGUGUGUUUUUUUUAACUAUUUCAAGUAAAUUUUAGAAAAUUGACAGAUGGUUUAUAUAUAACCCAUUGGAGUGACACAGUUUCUGACUGUACUUAAAAGUAGCUGUCUCAUUCAUGAUAUGUUAAAGCACCUCUCGGUUGGACAGAUUUCAAGCUGCUCUGUAUCAAAAUGACUGCCUUGAAGGCUCUUCUUCCUUAAGUGGUCAAAACCCCCUAAAGAUAUUAAAUAUAUACAUCCAACAGAAUUUCACUUCAAUGGAAAGUUACAUCUUUAUUUUGUGGGAAUGUAACAUGUAAUUGAAAAUGACUUUGGAUGAUGUUACACGAUUUUGGAGAGAGGAAAAGGAAAAAGGAGCGAUAUACAAUGUGUAUUUGAAAAAAGUGACAUACCACACUUUGUCCGACUUGGAUCAGUCCAAGGGACAUUUGAUGUGGGAAACCCAGAAGAUCAGGGUGGUCAAAGCAGGAACCCUAGAGAAACUUGUGGAGAGUUUAGUGACAGUCAAAGGAGAAUUAGACUCAACCUAUGUCAAUGUGUUUCUGGCAACAUACAGGACAUUUGCCACCCCUUUACAGGUUUUGGAAAUUCUCAUCAAAAGAUAUAAAUGGCUGGAAAAAGACAGCAGAGAUCAUGAAGAAAGAAAAGAAAACAACGAAAACCAGCAAAAAACUUUUAAAUCUGUGAUAUCCGUUUGGAUGGACACAUAUCCGGAUGACUUCCGUGACCAUCCUGAUUACAAAUGUCUAAAAGUCUUGGAAGCAUUCUCACACCAGUUUAUUCCAGACAGUGAUCUUGAAUUGAGGGCACGACACAAAAUAGAAAAGUUUGAAAGAGAGGCAGUCUGUAAUUCAGAUGGCGACAUAAAGUUCCAGUUUUCCAUUGUUGAUGAGGUGGAUAGUAUGAUUGAUUCAGAGUAUCAGAAACCUCUGGAGUUUUUAGACAUACCCAAUAAUCGAUUAGCUGAGCAACUUACCUUCAAAGAUGCAGAGUUAUUUAAGCGAGUUAUACCCAAUCAUUGCCUGGGUGCUGUCUGGGCAAGGAGAGACAGGAAGCUGGGUAAAGGGGGCAACAUAGCUCCCAGCGUACUGGCCACCAUUGACCAGUUCAACCGCGUGUCAUUACGGGUCAUAGCCACCAUACUGAGGACCAGGGAGCUCAAAUCCUCACUGAGGGCAAAAAUUCUUCAAAAAUGGAUUGAUAUUGCACAGGAGUUAAGACAGCAGAAGAACUUUUCCUCUCUGAAAGCCAUUAUAUCAGGGCUCCAGUCUCACUCAGUGUAUCGUCUCAAGAGGACCUGGGCCUCUCUACCUAAGGAGAGUAUAGAUUUGUUUCAAGAGCUGGCAGACAUCUUUUCCAAUGACAAUAACCAGAUAUUAUCUCGAGAAUUACUCAUGAAAGAGGCCACGGCAAAGUUUCCUGAUCUCGACUCCAACAAUAAGAUACUGCAGAGACGGAAUCUACAAAAACGCAGGUCUUGGAUUGAAAAUGGCAUUGUACAAGGAACAGUUCCCUAUCUGGGAACCUUUCUGACGGACCUGACCAUGAUUGACACCGCCAUUCCAGACCGCACGGAGUGUGGCCUAAUUAACUUUGAGAAGCGGAGAAAGGAGUUCGAGGUCUUGGCCCAGAUCAAACUCCUACAGUCGGCGGCCCAAAUAUACCACUUCCAGGAAGACAAGCAUAUAUGGGCCUGGUUUGAUUCCGUCAGGGUGUUUGAUGAAAAUGAAUGCCAUGAUUUGUCAUGUAUAAUUGAACCAAUCAAAGAAGGACCUGCUAGAUUGAAGAAAAAAUCUGCAAGUUAUUCAAGUUUGCUCAAAGUUGUGAAUUUCGGUGAUAACUGUUGUUUUGACAGUUUGGGUACACGGCCGUCUCGUCCAGAGGGCAGUAAGCUGUCUCUAUUGAGCUGUGGAUUGGACAACUCUAGUGUCUACAACUCCUCCAUCACAGACUCACCCUCACAAGGAGUAAGUCUGAUGUCCCACUCUUCUUCCACCUCCUCACUCCUGUCCUGUGACAGCGACACCACCAUAUCAUCUCCAUUUCGAUCUCCAGACACUUGUGUGGUCAGAGUUCGCUUUGAGUCUGGUCCAGAAUCUGAUACUCAUGUCUACAAAAGUAUUAUGUUAAAGAAUAUUGAUCACACCCACACUGUGAUAGAUAAAGUAUUGGAAAAAUACUCUAAAAAAGGUCCAGCCGGCAAUUACUGUCUGCUGCAAGUAUUGUCAGAUGGAGAGUUAUUGAUUCCAGACAAGGGAAAUGUGUUUUAUGCCAUGAACAAGAGUGAUGGUUCUGAACCGGUGUUUGUGGUGCGAACAAGACAGGACCAGGAGGCUCGAACACAGCACCGCAAACGUGGCCGCCGGAAACUAAAAAACUGGAGUCUGUGAUCUUUACAUCUUUUACUUUGAUAGGCCCUGAAGCAGGGCGUUAUUUGGUGCAAUAGAAUCUGGGUCUCACAGUUCAUAAAUUAGCAGCAAUAUUUUGUGCAAUAUCUCCCAUAUUAGUGGGAAUCACAUAUUGUAUCCACUACACAGUUCUGUAUACAGAGUAUUAUUCGCCCUGUUUUAUUUUCGCCCCUUAUGCCCUCAUUGUCAGAGGGCGAAUUUAAGACUGGGUGAAUUCUAUAUUGCAAAUAAUGUCUCUGUUAACACAACUGCAUCUGGGCGAAUUCUAGACGGGACGAAACCGUUUGCAAAUGUAAUAGGGCGAAAAUUACAGGGGGCGAAAAUAACCCUGUAUACAGUAUCUUCAAUACAGAGAAGAGAGACACUUCAAUUCAAUGCAAAGCAACAUUAGACAGAACUCAUCCUGUGGAGGAAGAAAUAAAGAUAUUGUGUUAAGAAACCAGUUGAUUUAUUACCCUGUUUUGAUACUGCUGAAAACCAUCUGCUUUGACCAGAGCAUGUCCACUAUUUUUGUGGAAUGAUAUCUUUUUUAUCACUAUUAUUUGAUCCAUGAAAAAUGAAUGAACUGUUGUUAAAUUAUCAGUACUGAAGGUACUAAAACUGUAACUUGUUAGUGUUAAAGGUGUCUAAUAUUUGUAUACAUUCAGUACAACAGUAUUUUUUUUUUUUUUUGGUUGGAGGCUAAGGGCUGUGUCUCCAGAAGUUUGUUUCUAUGCAGGUGUUAGACUCCAUCGUGCCUGUUGUGAAAUGCUGAUUAUUCUUUACGUGUUGUGUCAAUUUAGAGAACAGAAGUAUCCGUGAUGUCAUCAAUUAUUCAGGUAUCUGUUGUUAGUGUAUCAGUUAUCAGUCUGUUCAAUUACGCUGAAUGCGUAUUCAUGAAUUUUGUUUAUAUUUCAGUGUAGAAAGUAAAGCUAGUCCACCAUCAUGUGUUAAAGCAAAUGCGGUAUAAAACAUACAUGUACGGUAGUCAAAUACAUGUAUUGGUCAAUGUACUUUCAUUGAAGUGUCUAUCUUAGUCCUAUAUAAAAAAAACCUGAAAUAGUGUUCAAACAUUGUCAAUUAUUGGUUAGUACAAUGAAUUUAAGUAAAGACCAAACUACAAGAUCAUAAAACAUUAAUGUACUUCAAAAUCAGUAAAUUUACUUGUAUUGAAGUAUAGAAUUUAUCAGGUAGUUCAUUUCCAAGUGAUAAUGAAACAUUGUAAUGGAUCAAUGGAAAUGCAUGAACAGUAUUUAAGAGAUGAAAAACCAUAAUCAGAUUCUAGAGAAUUCAAAAGAAUAGAAUGUACAAAAGGAGACACAAAUGUUUAAUUGUGAUAUUUAUUACAGGGUAAUUGUUGGGUUUAUUAUGAAAAAUUUUAUUUCAUGAGAUGCAAUAUUGGGAGCUGCCACACUCCGUUUUUCUACGAGAUUCUGUAGUUACAAACACAGGGUUUAAUAUUUGUGUAGUACUGUAGUUACGAAUAUGUUCUUUAUUAAUUAUGUCCCACCUGGAUAAAGAGAUACAUAAAAAGUAUUUUCAUGAGAUGCUGUACAAUGAAAUGAUAACCCACCUCUACAUUUGACGAUUUAGUUUUGAUGUACUCUGUAAAUGUGGUGUGCGACUGUUGGAAUAAGGUGUAGUGUGCAACUGAUUCUGUUCUGUAAGGUUGUGAUUACUUGAUUAUUGUAUUAUAAAUGUUCUGUAUUAACAUAAAACGAUAUUAAUGACAUCCAAACCUGUUCAUGUUAAUCUAGUCAUUGUUAAGAUAAUCUGCAUGUUACUGGUAUUUUAAUAAUUUUUUCCAACCCACCAAUAUUUUAGUACUUAUUGUACUAGUCUACAUAUUUCAACUACUUUUAUUGAUGAAAAACAACUUAAUGAGUUAACCAAGCUUACAGUUCAAUAAUUAUUUUACUUGUUUUCUGUUUUUAUACUCAGCCACAUGUAAAUGUUUUAACUUUGAAAUUUAAACGUAAUAUUUUAAUAUGAGUCACAUUUUUGUUGCAAUUAUUUUUUUUUAACAUGUUAAAAUCUUAUUGUUUGAUACCAAACUUUUACAGUGAUAGAAAGAAGACUGAUAAUAUUUUUACAAUAACAAGAUAUUGGCAAUGAUUACGCAAUAUUCACCUGUUACUCAUACUGUGAAUGGCAGCAUCACAGAUUUUCUUUUACGAAAAAAAGUUAUAAAGUAUAUGGAAAUAUUUCUGUACAUUACAUGUAAACUACAGUGAUUAAAAUUGGAACUGUAAAACUAUGUCAAAAAA